AUGCAUUUUCUACUACGCAUCUCCUGGUGUGUCGUUGCACUCGGUUGCCUGGUAUCUGUUAUUGUUUGCCAUGAUGACAAGAGAGACUUUCGCACCAGAUGUCUAGCCUUCAAGCCAACAAGGCUGAUCGACAACUCAACAUUGACACGACAAGAGUUUGUUUCUGCUGGUACAACAUUGCAAUUGCUAGACAACGUCCCGACUUGUAAUCGUGCCUCUCAGACUGUCAGAGUCGACCUAUGUCGCAUUGCCCUCCAGAUUCCUACCUCGAAGCGGUCUUCCAUCAGCUUUGAGCUAUGGCUCCCCAGGAACUGGAAGGAAUCGAGAUAUCUGGCAACUGGCAAUGGUGGAAUUGAUGGAUGUAUCAAGUAUGAAGAUCUUGCUUAUGGCACAACUAAUGGUUUCGCUACCAUGGGUACCAACAACGGCCACAAUGGUACCACGGGCAUCACCAUGCUGAACAACCCUGAAGUCAUCAAGGAUUUUUCUUACAGAGCUCUACAUACGGGCACUCGUUCGGCCAAGAAGCUCAUAAAGGCAUUCUACGGCAAAAAGCCAGCUCACAAUUACUAUAUCGGCUGCUCGCUAGGCGGUCGCAUGGGCAUCAAGGCUGCCGAAAAGUAUCCAAAAGACUAUGACGGAAUUGUAGCUGGGUGCCCAGCUGUUGACUUCAAUAAUCUUCAAGGCCAAAGGGCUAUGUUCUACCCGAUCACAGGCUCCGCAGACUCACCCAACUACAUCCCCAUUGACACCUGGAAAGGCCUGAUUCAUGACGAAGUUCUCAGACAGUGCGACAAGAUUGACGGCGUUGAGGAUGGAAUUAUCGAGGUCCCAGACAAGUGCUUUUUCAACCCAAAGUCUCUUCAAUGUAGCCCUAGACGUCCCAAGAAUUGCUUGAACUCGGCUCAAGUUGCUCAGCUGCAAAAGAUCUAUGCUCCAUAUACUUAUCCCAACGGCAAGCUCAUUUUUCCUCGCAUGAACCCCGGCAAUGAACUACAGGCCGUAUCGAAGCUCAUCGCAGGCACUCCCUUCAGCUAUUCUGAAGAUUGGUUCCGAUACGUCGUAUAUAACGACCCCAACUGGGACGCCAGCACCUACAACACGAAUGAUGUCCGAAAGGCCGAUGAGCUGAACCCAUUCGACAUCCGCACCUACCCUCAGGAGCUCCCCAAGUUCAAGAAGCGCGGUGGAAAGUUGCUGAGCUAUCACGGUGGCCAGGAUAACCAAAUCACUCAGUUCAACACUCAGCGUUUCUGGAACCGCAUGUACUCUGCCGAUAACGACCUUCAGGACUACUAUCGCUAUUUCCGCAUGUCAGGCAUGUUUCACUGCAACUCGGGUCCUGGCGCCUGGGCUGUUGGCCAAGGUGGCGGUGCCCCUGCUGCGGGAAUUCCAUUUGAUCCUCAGCAUAAUGUAUUGGCGGCCAUGGUGGCUUGGGUUGAGAAGGAUCAAGCGCCUGCGAGUUUGACGGGUACCAAGUUCAUCAACGACACUGUCGCUAACGGAAUCGACUUUCAGCGCAAGCAUUGUCUGUACCCCAAGACACAGACAUAUGUUGGCGGUAAUCCCAAAAAGACAUCGAGCUGGCAAUGUAGAUAG